AUGGUGUUACUUAUGGUUGUAAUCUUGACGUCUCAUGCUAGCGUAGUGCUCCUGCUUUGCAUGACAGGAGUAGACGCUUCACGAGAUGUCAACAGCAGCGCCACCUGCGAGUUCACCGAAUGGGCGUUAGAUGCAAACUGCCGCAACCGCGAUUUGGAGGAGAUCCCGCGUGGGUACCAGACCGCGGUAUCCAUGGAUAUUCGGAACAACAGACUUAAAAACCUCAAGGCGGGAAGUUUCACGGGAUUUCGAGAUCUGCGCUAUCUUGACCUGGAAUUCAACACCAUCUGCGAGAUAAACAGUGGAGCUUUCGAUGGAUGCGAUUCGUUAUUGUACAUCUACUUGCAGUUCAACUUGUUAGAAAGCGUAGAGGAGGGAGCUUUUGAGGGCAGUUCAUCUCUGGAACGACUUUUCCUGAAUCAAAACAGCAUAAGUCAACUUCAUCAAGACGCUUUUCGUGGACUCGGCGCCCUCACUGGUCUGUACAUUGGUCAUAAUGAAAUAAGUCAAUUACCCGCAGGCCUUUUCCGACACACCCCUUUGUUGAAAUAUCUCCACAUGGGCGAUAACUUACUGACAAAUCUUUCUCCACAAAUCUUUGCCGAUUUGUCAGAUCUUACUUAUCUGAACAUAAUGAACAAUAACCUUAACAUUAUAGAGAGUGGAACCUUUGAUCCUUUACAGAAUCUAGAAGAGCUAGACUUGUCCGGUAAUCUCCUCAUUUCAAUAAAUGCCUUUCCAACCUUACCCCAACUGAAGAUACUUGACCUUUAUGAUAACGAAAUGCAGGAAAUCAGCAGCUUGUCUGAAGAACUGGUGAAAGGACUUGAUGAACUCUACUUGGGGCAGAACGACUUAUCCUGUACUUGUUCCAUGAACCCCAUUCGUGAAUGGAUCCAACUGCAUAAGUCAGAUGAGGGGGUUGACGCCAGCAGAGUAGACUUGACAUGUCCUUUGCCACAACAUCUGGAAGGCAAACUCCUGGACUCAAUCUCAGACGAAGACCUCUGUCCGAGAGCUGUUAAGCUGGGUCAUAUUGCUGCAUCCACACCGCCUAAGUCUACAAGUUCAAGACAAAAUGAAGAUCAGUUUUUCCUGUUUGCUGGGCUGAGUGUCUCAACUGGCGGACCCAGAGAUACCACCAGCAGAUUCAGCUGCAGGAAGUCAACCCCCACCAGGUUCAGGUGGUCAAACCGCCAAACAGGCGACCCCAAGUCACUCCCAUCACCGAUAAUAACAAGUCCUUCAAUGACGAAGACGAAAAUCCUUAUGAGUAUAUCCCCUCUCAAUCCCCAGUUCUUGACUCCGCCUUCGGGUCCCGAGACACCUUUGGCAACAUCGAUGAGGUCGCUCCUCCUUCAGAACAGGCCUAUCCAGAGAGCGCUACUUCCAGCGACUCUGGCAUUCUGUCUCAUGAACAGAGGCAGAUUCACUCAUCACCACCAACCAGUCAAAUACCCCUACUGGCAAGGGAACAUCUUCAGGCUGUUACCGCACCAGAGGGGAGCAUCCUCGAAGAUGUGCUUGAUUCAUUGUCUAAUGGUAACAUCCCAAAAUAUACAAUCAUUAAAGUUGAUUCUCGAGACCCUCCAAACCAAAGAGAGCAGCACCAACCAUCUGACAACAGCCCACAACAAAUCCAACAUGAGUACUUCAUCUACCCCUGGGGCCAAACCCAACAGAGGGGAGUGGCCAAAAAAACACAGUACCCUUACAAAAAGGACACAAGAAAUAAGACACAAUACAUGCCACUCAGACAUCAUGGUGUUACUUAUGGUUGUAAUCUUGACGUCUCAUGCUAGCGUAGUGCUCCUGCUUUGCAUGACAGGAGUAGACGCUUCACGAGAUGUCAACAGCAGCGCCACCUGCGAGUUCACCGAAUGGGCGUUAGAUGCAAACUGCCGCAACCGCGAUUUGGAGGAGAUCCCGCGUGGGUACCAGACCGCGGUAUCCAUGGAUAUUCGGAACAACAGACUUAAAAACCUCAAGGCGGGAAGUUUCACGGGAUUUCGAGAUCUGCGCUAUCUUGACCUGGAAUUCAACACCAUCUGCGAGAUAAACAGUGGAGCUUUCGAUGGAUGCGAUUCGUUAUUGUACAUCUACUUGCAGUUCAACUUGUUAGAAAGCGUAGAGGAGGGAGCUUUUGAGGGCAGUUCAUCUCUGGAACGACUUUUCCUGAAUCAAAACAGCAUAAGUCAACUUCAUCAAGACGCUUUUCGUGGACUCGGCGCCCUCACUGGUCUGUACAUUGGUCAUAAUGAAAUAAGUCAAUUACCCGCAGGCCUUUUCCGACACACCCCUUUGUUGAAAUAUCUCCACAUGGGCGAUAACUUACUGACAAAUCUUUCUCCACAAAUCUUUGCCGAUUUGUCAGAUCUUACUUAUCUGAACAUAAUGAACAAUAACCUUAACAUUAUAGAGAGUGGAACCUUUGAUCCUUUACAGAAUCUAGAAGAGCUAGACUUGUCCGGUAAUCUCCUCAUUUCAAUAAAUGCCUUUCCAACCUUACCCCAACUGAAGAUACUUGACCUUUAUGAUAACGAAAUGCAGGAAAUCAGCAGCUUGUCUGAAGAACUGGUGAAAGGACUUGAUGAACUCUACUUGGGGCAGAACGACUUAUCCUGUACUUGUUCCAUGAACCCCAUUCGUGAAUGGAUCCAACUGCAUAAGUCAGAUGAGGGGGUUGACGCCAGCAGAGUAGACUUGACAUGUCCUUUGCCACAACAUCUGGAAGGCAAACUCCUGGACUCAAUCUCAGACGAAGACCUCUGUCCGAGAGCUGUUAAGCUGGGUCAUAUUGCUGCAUCCACACCGCCUAAGUCUACAAGUUCAAGACAAAAUGAAGAUCAGUUUUUCCUGUUUGCUGGGCUGAGUGAUGUGAUAAUCUAUGUCCUCGUCGCUGGGGCCACAGUCUCUGUCAUUGUCAUCGUAUUGAGUAUCUUGAUUAGGUGUCUCAACUGGCGGACCCAGAGAUACCACCAGCAGAUUCAGCUGCAGGAAGUCAAACCCCACCAGGUUCAGGUGGUCAAACCGCCAAACAGGCGACCCCAAGUCACUCCCAUCACCGAUAAUAACAAGUCCUUCAAUGACGAAGACGAAAAUCCUUAUGAGUAUAUCCCCUCUCAAUCCCCAGUUCUUGACUCCGCCUUCGGGUCCCGAGACACCUUUGGCAACAUCGAUGAGGUCGCUCCUCCUUCAGAACAGGCCUAUCCAGAGAGCGCUACUUCCAGCGACUCUGGCAUUCUGUCUCAUGAACAGAGGCAGAUUCACUCAUCACCACCAACCAGUCAAAUACCCCUACUGGCAAGGGAACAUCUUCAGGCUGUUACCGCACCAGAGGGGAGCAUCCUCGAAGAUGUGCUUGAUUCAUUGUCUAAUGGUAACAUCCCAAAAUAUACAAUCAUUAAAGUUGAUUCUCGAGACCCUCCAAACCAAAGAGAGCAGCACCAACCAUCUGACAACAGCCCACAACAAAUCCAACAUGAGUACUUCAUCUACCCCUGGGGCCAAACCCAACAGAGGGGAGUGGCCAAAAAAACACAGUACCCUUACAAAAAGGACACAAGAAAUAAGACACAAUACAUGCCACUAAACCAAGACAUACACAUUGAAUCAGAAAACUCUCUUGAUGAAAAUCAGAGGAAAAGGACGGAACCCUUUACGAUUUAGAGUUUGUUUUGGCUACUCAAACAA